AUGGAUGCCGGGAAAAAGGGGCUUCCCCAAGAGUCUCGCUUCUCAGCCCAACCGCCGUACGUGGGCAGGUGGCUGAGCCUCUUCUUCCUCACCUGUGCUGUCUACCUCCUUCUGUGGACCCCCGAGGCCCCGCCAUCCCGGGUCGGCGCCCUGGUCAAGUGCCUGCCUGUCCUCUGCCUGGUGGUGCUCCUGCGGGCCGUGCGCUCCAGCGCGCUCCUGCAGGGGGGCCUCCUGUGCUCGGCCGUGGGGGAUGCCUGCCUCCUCUGGCCCGCGGCCUUCCUCUACGGCGUGGCCGCCUUUGCUGCGGCCCACUUGCUCUACCUCUGGGCCUUCGGCCUCACUCCCCUGCGGCCAGGCCUUCUGCUGCCCAUCGUGCUGGCCUCGGUGCCGUACUGCGGCCUCCUGCUGCUGCACCUCUCACCCGGCAUGGUGCCGCCCCUGACGGCCUACGCCCUGGCCCUGGCCACCAUGCUGUGGCGUGGCCUGGCCAGAGGUGGGAGCGCCAGCUGGGGCGCCCUGCUCUUCACGCUCUCCGAUGCUGUGCUGGCCUGGGACACAUUCUUCCAGCCCCUGCCCCACGCCCGCAUGGUGGUCAUGGCCACCUACUACUCCGCCCAGGUCCUCAUCGCCUUGUCGGCCUUCCAGGGCCCUGGGCUCCAGACCAACUGACCAGGGGCCCAGGCGGGCGGGUGU